AAAGAUGAGAUACACACUCGGUUACAUCUUCUCGACGUCGUUCGUGUCGGUAGCGACCGUAUUGAUACUUUACCAUGUCCUCACGGGCAAGGGCGAACGAGUCAGCGUUGGGUGGUUCCUGGAGGAGACCUCCCCGUACAUGUGGGCAACACUGGGAAUCGGGUUCGCCGUGGCACUAUCCGUCGUUGGUGCGGCCAUGGGUAUUCACACAACCGGUGUGAGUAUCGUCGGUGGUGGUGUGAAGGCUCCGCGCAUCAAGACGAAGAAUUUGAUCUCGGUUAUCUUCUGCGAGGCGGUCGCCAUCUACGGUCUGAUCACAGCCAUCGUACUGUCCGGUAUGCUGGACAGCUUCAAGUGGUCCGUAGUGGCGGGCAAUGAGAACAUUCGCAACAACAACUGGAUGUCCGGUUAUGUAAUGUUCGGUGCUGGAAUGGCCGUCGGGUUGGUGAAUCUGUUCUGCGGUAUUGCUGUCGGAAUCGUAGGAUCUGGUGCGGCCUUGGCCGAUGCUGCUAACUCGGCCCUGUUCGUAAAGAUCCUGAUCGUCGAAAUCUUCGGUUCCGCCAUCGGUCUGUUCGGUUUGAUCGUCGGUAUUUACAUGACCUCAAAGGUGAAGAUGGGUGACAAGGAGUAAGCAGCAAAUAAUG